UCGAAGGAGCCGCAGUAAGGUUUCCAUUAACACCUUGGAUGAUUCUAAAUGCAAAAUCCAAUUGACAACAAUCAGUUGGGCUUUGGAAUCAUCUAAGGUUUUAUUGGAGGUCUUAGAAUUAUUGGAAUCGUUCUUGUUCAGAUCUUCUUCAGAUCUGUAAUGAUUGUUCCGGCGAAUUCCGUAAGGCAGUUCGUGUGCGUUCUCUCCUGGAUCUGGUCUGUUUCUUUGGGUUUUUCCUUUUUUCCGAUUCGAUGGUUCUUACAUUUGCUUCCUCUUUUUUUCGAUUGUUCUUUGGGUUUCUUUGUUUAAAUCUAGAUCGAUUUUUGUUCAUUUGUUCGUGUGCGUUCUCUCUUGGAUCUGGUCUGUUUUCUUUGGGUUUUUCCUUUUUUUUCGAUUUGAUGGUUCUUACAUUUGCUUCCUUUUUUUCCCUGGUUCGAUGGUUCUUUGGGUUUCUUUGUUUAAAUCUAGAUUGAUUUUUGUUCAUUUUAAUAAAUACUGAGGAACAAUUAUUAUGAAUACAUUUUCAUAUUCAUAUUAAUAAUCGGUUCUUAAUAUGAUCUUGGUUUAGCAAAUUCAGUUCCUGCAUUUUUGUGUUCUGGGUACAACAUCUUCAGUAGAAAUAAAUGUUCAGAUGUUUCUGGUUUUUUGUGUUCUGGGUAGAACAGCUUGUCAUCAUUUGUUAUGGUUUGGUGUUCUAGCUAACUUAUAAUUUCUAAAUGGUCUAGAUUUAAUACCCUGCAGAUUCGCAUCUCCAAUUCAAUCUACUUCGAUCAUUAUUUGCGAUUUCAUUUGCAUUUUAGUUGGUUUAUAUUUGGUGGUUUUGUUCUUAUUUAUGCUUUUUAGGUCAGGUUUGGGUGUUUGAUUGUUACAGGUUUAUUAUCCAUGCUAGGUUAGAUUAGUAUGCAAAUUAGUGUUUUUGGUUAAUAGUGUGAUAACUGUGCAAAUUAGUAUGAAAAUGAACCAUUAGCAGGUUAAAUACAGGUUCAUAUUUUCGUUUUCAUAAUCAUUUUGUUUUAUGUUCAGGCUCCCUUUGUUGACAAGUUCAGAUAAGAGAAGGGAUGGCAUGUAGUGUGAGGCCUAUGCAAUGUCCCUCAUUUGAAGGGAAACACUGCUGCCUAAACACGCCCUUGCACCACGGUUGUUGAGUUUGGUAUAUUGCCGGUGAUCACGAGGCGGUUCCCGACUCAGGAAACAACUACCGGCCAGUGGGAGACGGCUAGCUUAUCUGGAUAUGCCUGCAUGUUUAGUGGCACGUGGUCACCACUGCAAUUAGGUUUGCUUUGCUCUCACCUGUUGCAUCCGGUGAUGCCCUUGUUGCCCACAAAUACGUCUGCUUGCUUUUGCUGCUGCAUACUCAGGGCCCUUUAAUUUUGGUGCUUGGCUCAUUGCACACGAAUACGUCUACCUGUUUUUGCUGCAUACUCAGGGGCCUUUAAUUUUGGUGAAUUUCUUACAGCAUUAGCAUUGAGUUUAUUACGCCCCGUUUUCUUAGACGCUACUUUUAAUUCACCAUGACUUCAGAUUAUGCUUCUAAAGUAUGGUUAGUGAUGCCAAAUAGGUCAGUUUAUACAUGUAUUGUGUUUUCUGUCUUUGUUUAAAUCAUGUGCUCGGUUUUUCUAAUAAUAUAAUAUAUACUUGGAUAUCUUAGUAGUUUCUAUAGAUCAAUGCUGAGCAUUAGUCAUGCCCCUUAUUAUGUUCACUUUUUAGAUAAUCAAGGCCUGCCCUUAAAAAAAAACGGUUGUCCAUUUAAAUGGUCUUCUAUGCAUGCUUGUGUGUACUACUUACUCUGAAAUCCUCUUCUACAGUCCCUAAAAGAUUUAAAAUACUACUUAAUAUGUCCUUGCAUAUCCUUAUGGAGUAUGGUGUGAGAGUUGGUGGCAGUGUCAUGGGUAUGGUUCCAUACUUAUUUUCACUGUUUUACACAGUGUUACAAGGACACCCAUUAUUUCCUACUGUUUUGAUCUUUCCUCAGCCAAAACCCACUGGUUACCCACACAUUUUUAACCUAAAAACCCAUUCUUUAUCUUCCUCUAUAUAUAUAUGCUGUUGGAUAUCAGUUUUACCUACAGGAUACAAGCUUCCGUUCCUUAACUAGCAGCUCUACCAAUUUUCUGUGAGGUUGUUGCAUUUGUGACGUUUUACAACCAUCAAUCAGCUGUGUUGGCACUACAGGAUUUAGAUAUUUGCAAUAUGAAACAUGAACGUGUCUUCUUAGAUGAGCUGAGUCCUAUCAGUAAGUCAUACAAGGUGAAAGUCAAGGUCAUUGAGAAGGGACGAGCUAAGCCAUCUCCUAAGAAAGGGAUCCUGUAUCAGCACCUGGUUUUGCAGGACGAUAAGAAAAACAAGAUGCGGGGUGCGCUAUUUGGAGAUCAGAUCGAGGCAUACAAGGAUGCAUUUGUGCACAAAGGAGAAUAUGAAAUAGUUGAUGCUCCCAUCAGGCAUGCAGACCCACGAUGGAAGAAAUCUGAAGAGGAACUUGACUUCCAGAUGACCUUUGGACGGCAGACAGUGAUCCAGCCUGUGAACGUUGAAGCAGGCCCUAUCCUGCCCGACUACCAAUCCAUUGCUUCUAUCCCAAGAGCUGGGGAUCCUGAUGACAGAUAUGAUAUUGUUGGGGUGGUUCUUUAUGUUGAGGACCAGCCAAGGUCUAUUACCACUGCCCAAGACCGCCAAGUAUUUGUUCGAGAAAUUGUUAUUACUGAUCACAGCUCUCAACAACCAUUAGUCAUCUCCGUCUGGAAUGAUCUUGCUGGAGCUGAUUGUGACCCACUCUCCUGUUGGGGCGAAAAGUUUGUUGUGGUUGGCUUCACUUCCUUAAGGGCCACAUCCCACAAAGGUUUCUCGCUCGCAUCGAGCAUGUCUACUAUGUUCAUUCAUGAUCCUGAAGGGCACAGAGCCGAUGCACUGAAGGAAUGGGCACUUCGCCAUCAAGCCUUACUUGCUGAUAGACAGGCACGGGUCCUUGAUGUUAGGAACCCCUCCAAUGAAAAGGUGAUCAUAACCCUGGAUGAACUGAGGCACAAAAAGAACACCAACACUCUCCAAGAGGAGCGCCCUUGGUUAAAAGUGUGUAUCCCUGAUGCAAGACUUGAGAAAGUACAUGCUUAUCUUGGUUGCCCUAACUGUGGUAAGUCAACAACUGCUCCCCUUGGUGAGGCUUUUAAGUGUGGCACCUGCUCCAGGAUAGGCGUUAUAUCCACUCCUAGAAUCACUUUCAACUGCGAAGUUUCAGAUGACACGGGCACAUAUGCCUUCACAACCUUCACCGAGGAUUCUGAAAGACUUUUCAGAAUGACUGCUGCUGAUCUUUUCAGGAUGAAACACACUGGUGAUCUACAGACUUUCAUGGUUGCACGCAAAUUGCUCCGCACUAAGCAUUUCUUCAUUCAAGUCGGGCCAACAACAUCUCUGUCCACAUGCAAUGUGUUGCAAUGGUGCUUGAAGAAAGUAGAAAUUGAGGAUGAUGACAUGGAGCAUGUCCACCCAGCUGAUAACACUCAAGCAGAGAAUGCUGUUGAGACAGAGAUGGCCACUGAAGGAGAUGCAAACACACAGAAUCUCCCUUUGAAUGCUGGCCAUGCAGAUCCAGAAGAUUACACCAAUGCUGAUCCUUUAGAUGCUGAAAAUGCGGCUACAGAGGCUGCUGAGACAGAGGUUUCCACUGAACGAGAUGCAAACACACAAAAUCUCCCUUUGAAUGCUGGCCAUGCAGAUCCAGACGAUUACACCAAUGAUGAUCCUUUAGAUGCUGAAAAUGCGGCUACAGAGGCUGAUCAUGAUGAUGACACUUCAGAAGAAUGACUGUACCCUGCCCCCCUUUUGUCUGACAUGCUAAUUGCAACUGCGUAUGUAUAAAAAAGCACUUGCAAGCAUGUUCUCAGUGGCUACUUAUAAGCCUAUCUUAGCUUUAACAAACUGGUUUAUGUAAUAUUAAGUUAACUCUAGGUCUUUUGAAUGUGGUUUUUCUAGAGGAACAUGUAAGAGUUUAGAAACUCAUAUUCCUAGAAAAUACACGUAAGCCUUUUGGUAUGUAGAUGUGCCCAAGUCGUUAAUCUUAGAACUAUCAGUGGCACAGGUAUUAUCAAUAUAUGUGUGUUUUAUAUUA